AUGCCUACCGUGACUCUCCCCUCCAAGCCUGACGCCCCUGUGGCGUACGAGCUCUUCCAGGGUGAUGCGGCAAGCACUCUCCUUGUCGUCUGCCUCAACGGGCUUGGACUCCCACAAGGCGGUUGGAAGCUAGCUAUCGACCUCUUCCAGCAGUCGAGCGUCUCCCCGAAGCCAUGGAUCCUCACGUACGACCGCUACGGCCAGGGCGCUUCUCCGAGAGACCCGCGCGAGAGCUGGCCGAGCAAGGAUCCGGGCUAUGCCCACACGCUUGACGACGUCACCGACGACCUCCACGAGUUGGUUCGGACUCUGUGCCCUGAUCGCUGCUCGCGCAUUUGUCUUGUCAACAACAGCAUAGGUGCACACGUCGCGCGAAGAUACGCGGACAGGUAUCCGACCAUCGUCGAAGGAAUCCUGUUUCUGGACUCCAACCCUGGCAACACUGACUACGCGAGCAUCUGGCCCAACCCCAAGGACCCAUCUUUCGAUCUGGAGAAAAUGGCGCCGCCAGGCACCCCUCUUGACGAGUACGAGGCCGCCUACAGCAAAAUGACAACGGUGUUUGCUUCAGGUGCAAAGAACCCCGAGGGGUUUGACCGCCGGGAGAUCAAGAACAUCCUGCCCGACCCCUCCAGGCCAAAACUCAAGGGGUCGAAGACUUCGGAUGCGGGCCCUUGGAUAACCGUUGUGGGCCACGAGCUCGAACAGUUCUCGAAGGAGGAGUGGGCAAUGAUGAAGGUCCCUCUGGGCAUGGCUGCGAUGUAUACUCAACCCAUGUGGGAGAAGUACAAUGAGGGCCUCUGUGGGCUCACCGACAGGGAUAGGGCGAAGGGGCCUAUUAUCGCACCCAAGUGUGGCCACUUCGUCCAGAAGGACAACCCAACUUUUGUGGCUGAGCAGUUGGAGGACCUCGUCAAGAAGGUUGAAGCCCUCCAAGCUCUGGAAAGCUCUAAAGGCUCGGGUGAUUCUGCGUCGGCACUGGACGAUGUCAAAGAAACAGAGGACUUCCACUACCAGUUCUGGCGCCUCCUCUCAACCUUCAUCUACUUUGGCUCCCUCAACCUCAACCUCAACCUCCUCUUCCACAUCUUCUUCAUCCAGCGCUACGCGCGCAUGCUCGAGGAACCCGCCGCCUCCGUCGCGCACUUCUCCUGGCUCAUGGCCUACCGGUGCGCCAUGAUCACGCUCCUCGCCGUCGCGCCCCUCUCAACGAUAUCUACCCCUCCACCCACGGCGGCGACAGAUGUCAGACCCAUGGACCCGCCGCAGUGCAGUGGUGUAUCAGGCUCUUCGAACGCGGUGCACUGGAUGCGGCGCCCACUGUACCUGAUAUGA